GUAGGCAGCAGGCGUAGCCUAUCCUCCAUUCCUCCUCCGUUCCUCCUCCGUUCAUCAGUUUCUCCCCCACCCCCCAGGCCUCGCCUCGCCUGUCGUCUCCUCUGCAUUCUCAAUGUCUUGCUUCCUUCCUUGUCCAACACUGCACUCCACUCCAAUCCCAUCAUCCAUCUCAAGCCAAAGCAAUGCCUUCUCCACUUGUACUCCUCUCUCCUUCUCUCAUCUCACAAGGCAGGGCAUGCUUUGCUGUUGCAACACCAUCUUCUCGUUAGUAUUAGUAUCAGCAAAGCAAGCACCAAUCAGCCUUCCGAGCACCAAUCAGUCUCUCUCUCUCUCUCUCACAUACCCCUCCUUACAAAUCCAUCUAUCCAUAGCACAGGCACCUGCUGAUUAAUCCGGGGUUGAGGACGAGAGGGGACCUUCCACAUUCAUGCUCCCCAUAAUAAGCCAAUAGCAAAGCAUUCAAGAACCACCGCACCGGACUGAUUUCCCUUCCUCUGCCUUCCCUUAUUGUCUCGGAAGCAGUUAAUGGUCCAGAGGAGGGGCCAUAACCUCCAGCCGUUUCAGUUUUUGACUUGAGAGUUGCUUGGGUUUCCUCAACAAACACACUGGUGGAGUGCCGUGCCAUACGCAGACAACUAACUUAGCCCUGCCAAAUAAAACAAGAGACGGAGCUUCCUGUAAUCCUGCACCUAUGGUGAUAGCAUCCGGAGCCGUUGACAGGAGCCACCUGUCCCCGUUUGUUCCCCUGUCAGAAUCCUCAUCUUCAUCAUUCUUCUCCCAGGAUCUCGUCCCCACUGAGAGGCAAGUUGGAUUCUGGAAAUCAUCAGGGUCAAUGGUCCAUCACAAAGGGAGCGAGCCUAUUUUCACUUCUCCACUUGAUAAGGUCCAUCCGAUGGGCUCAAGUCCUGCAGGUGGUCUGGAACAUCAGCAAGGUCAAGCCUUUAAGGGGCAGAUGGGCAUGCUUAACCUUGGUAAUUUGGUGGGUCAACAAGAAAAUGCUCCUGGCAUACCAUCGAUUUCUUGGGACGAUGUCCUCAGUAGCUCCAGGUCCAGUCUUGGCUUGUCUACUGGAGGGACAGCUUUUGUUGGACCAACUAGUGCUGAUCAACAUGUGCAUGACUAUGGAGACUGCCCUUCAUCCAGCUCCUACACCGAAGUCUUCAGUAGCAAAUCAGCAAGAUUGGUGGCAAGUGGCGUUUAUGGUCAAUCAGCUGAUGCAAAUGGUUCUGGUUGUGAGGGAGAUGAACCUCUAGGGUCCAUGAAAGAAUUGGAAGCUCAAACUAUUGGAGAUCUCCUUCCUGAUGACGAUGACUUGAUAUCGGGGAUUAUAGAUGGCUUCGAAUACACUGGCUUGUCUAACAAGGAUGAUGCUGAUGAAGAUAUAUUCUACACUGGAGGAGGUUUGGAGCUAGAGCAUGAUGAUUCCAACAAUGUCGACAAAUUUCGUGAAGUGUCCUUCAAAAGUCAACUUUCUGGCGAUGUCAACGAGAUCUACAAGGCUCCUACAAGCUGCAAUAAGAAAUUUGUAGAAUUCUAUAAUACCAGAGCAGCACAAGAAACACUGAAUGACCUCAACAAGGGUGACAUGUCAUGCUCACAAAUCAAGGUUGAGCAUAGCUAUUCUGGAGGAGCAGGAUCUUGCUUCACAGAGCAAUGUUCUGGAGAACAGAAGCAAAAUGCCGUACCUCACCAACUUAAGAACUCUCCACUUGGGACCAUUGGGAAGUUAGACCCUAAAAGUUGGGAGGGCAGCACUGUUCGUAAUUUAUAUUCUCCAGUUAGACCACAACACGAUAAAGCACAACAUGGCUUCUCUGUGAAUGCUCCUCAGAAGUUGUCAUCGCCUAUCAGAAUUGAAUCUACACGACAGCACAGUAAUCAAACUGCUCUUGGUGAACCUAGUGGAUCGCUUGGUCAUGGCAACUUUGGAGGUGGACUGCAAGCCUUCCACCCACACUCACUGCCAGAGUAUCAUAAUGGUAUUUGCAAUGGCUCUAACUCCAUGACAUUAAAUGCAAGGAAUUCUAACUUCAGAUUAACUGAAGGAAUGGACUACAAUAAUCACAAAGUUGACCACAGUGACCUUCAUGGUCAUUCCUCUGAUCAAAAUGAAGCAUUUAGAGCUACUGGAAUUGGAAGUUGCCCCCUUCAUGGACAUCACUAUACUUGGAGUAACUCAAAUGGAUUUCCUCAAAGCCCCUCUGCUCCAAUGCUGUGGUCUAACUUUCAGCAACCAGUGCAUGUGAAUUGUUACCCUGUUAUGCCUCCUCACAUGCGGCGCACUGCUGCCCAUCCUAUGGACCAACAUCACUUGGGUUCAGCUCCAAACAGUGUUGGUGGUUUCGCAAAUGCACAUUCUUUUCAUCCAGGGUCCCUUGAAAGUGUAGGGUUUCCUGGCAGCCCUCAGCUGUAUCCAGAUCUCUCUGUAUUUGCAUCUGCCAGAGGAAAUUACAGGGAGACCAUGUUCUCCCCCGUAAGUGCUGGGUUUCCAUCAAUUCAGCAAAUUUUUCAUGCGACCAACGGAAGGAAUCCUAUGGUGCAUGUUUCCACAUCAUAUGAUGCCACUAAUGAUCGGAUAAGGAGCCGCAGGCAUGAUGGAAAUGCUGCCCAGUCUGAAAACAAGAAGCAGUUUGAGCUGGACCUUGACCGCAUAGCUAAGGGUGAAGAUUCGCGCACCACACUGAUGAUAAAAAACAUUCCUAACAAGUACAACUGUAAGCUGCUUUUGGCUGUCAUUGAUGAGAAUCACCGAGGAACCUAUGAUUUCAUCUACCUUCCAAUUGAUUUUAAGAACAAAUGUAACGUUGGCUACGCUUUCAUCAAUAUGACAGAUCCACAGCACAUAAUUCCAUUUUACAAGACAUUCAACGGCAAGAAAUGGGAGAAGUUCAACAGUGAGAAAGUGGCAUCACUUGCAUAUGCCAGAAUCCAGGGAAGGAAUGCUUUGAUUGCUCAUUUUCAGAAUUCGAGCCUGAUGAACGAAGAGAAAUGGUGCCGCCCUAUGCUUUUCCACAAAGAUGGUCCACAUGCAGGAGAUCAGGAGCCAUUCCCUGUGGGUAGCAAUGUCCGUUCUCGGUCUGGGAGAAACAGACCACUCACUGGUUCAGAGACUACUAAAGAGGGAAGUCCAUCAACCUCUCCUAACUAAAGAGAAGCUGGCUCCCAAUCCAACUGAGGACAGGCGGUAUUUGCCCACUAACUGGAGGCUGAAGAGCCUGUAAUAAAUCAUCCCCAGUUUUGCUUUUGUUGCUUUUUUUUUUUUUUGUCCUCGUCAGCAAGGCAGUGACUUGUUGAGUGUGACAAUUAAUGAGAAUUCUGCUCUGCAUGAGCCUGCUGAAGAUUUCACCCUAAAUUACCUUGGUUUUGCCCUACCGUUGAGCAAGCUAUGUGUCAACGGCAACAGGUAUGUAGAAGAGCUGAAGUGGUGGAGAGGGAGAGGUGUGUGUUUCAGGCGGGUGAAAUUGAAGUUGUACAGUUGAACUCACCAGGAUUGGAAAUGGUCAUCAAUUUGAGUUGUUUUU